AAUCUACGAAAGAAGAAAUGGAAAAAAGAUUUGAAUAACGUGGUGUUGAAUUGUGGCGGUGACAUCAUGUACUGAUCUGCCACAGAUCAGUAAUCCAGGGUCAGAAGAACUUUGGUUAAUUAUAAAAAGAACCAGCGGACCUUCUCAAAUAAGUUGUAUACGUGCAGCGAAUGUGUAGCACGCGAAAAUGUUUGUUGCUCGGAGCAUUGCAGCGGACCACAAAGAUCUCAUCCAUGAUGUAUCCUACGAUUUUCACGGCCGGCGAAUGGCGACUUGUUCCAGUGACCAAAGUGUCAAGGUUUGGGACAAAAGUGAGACUGGGGAAUGGCACUGUACAGCCAGCUGGAAGACUCACAGCGGGUCGGUGUGGCGCGUGACCUGGGCCCACCCUGAGUUUGGGCAGGUGCUGGCCUCCUGCUCUUUCGACCGGACAGCGGCCGUGUGGGAGGAGAUUGUGGGCGAAUCCAACGACAAGCAGAGGGGACAGAGCCAUUGGAUCAAGAGGACCACGCUGGUGGACAGCCGGACUUCGGUGACGGACGUGAAGUUCGCCCCGAAGCACAUGGGCCUGAUGCUGACCACGUGCUCGGCGGACGGGGUGGUGCGGAUCUACGAGGCGCCGGACGUGAUGAACCUGAGCCAAUGGUCCCUGCAGCACGAGAUCUCCUGCAAGCUCAGCUGCAGCUGCAUCUCCUGGAACCCCUCCUGUUCCCGCGCCCACCCGCCGAUGAUCGCCGUGGGCAGUGACGACGGCAGCGUGACGUACGCCGGAAAGGUUCAGAUCUACGAGUACAACGAAAACACGAGGAAGUACGCCAAGGUGGAGACCCUUAUGACCGUGACGGACCCCGUGCACGACAUCGCCUUCGCUCCCAACCUGGGGCGGUCGUUCCACGUGCUGGCCAUAGCGACCAAGGACGUUCGCAUCUUCAAGCUGAUACCGCUUCGGGCGGAGACGGCAUCCUCGGCGAGCCCCACCAGGCUGGAGGUGCAGAUCGUGGCGCAGUUCGAUAACCACAGCUCCCAGGUGUGGCGCGUGAGCUGGAACAUCACCGGCACCCUCCUGGCCUCCUCUGGGGACGACGGCUGCGUGCGGCUCUGGAAAGCGAACUACAUGGGGACCUGGAAGUGCACGGGGAUCCUGAAGGGCGACGGCAGCCCCGUGAGCGGCUCGUCCGGGCAGCAGGGGGCGCCGAACGCCGCGGGGGGGCCCGGGGCCCCGCAGGGCUCCCUGAACGGGACGUUGGCCGGAAGAAAGACAGCUCAGCUGAUGCCUGCCUAAUUGGAGUAAUGUAAUGUUUUGCUGCUUGUUGCAUGCGCACACAGGGACGGACAGAGAGCUCACUUUGCCCCUCCCCUGCGUAGAGCCACUUCACCAAAGACACAGCAGCACCCUGCAUACUACUAAUCCCAGAAUCCUCUGCUCCUUCUCUGUGGCCCUGCAGUUUGUUUUUUCGGCCUCUUCGUUCGGUCGGAAAAACUGGAAUGCCGACGUUCUGUCACGUGAUUGAUGCCACUUGCAUCCGUGCAAAAACGAAAUCCUGAGCACUCGCUUAUCUAAUGCAGAAAUGUUGUUUUUUUAAAAAAAAGUUGUUUCUGUAAGGGAUGAUACAAUUGUUUCUCUGUCAAAAAAAAAGCAUUCCCAGAGUCUUUUUCCAUAUGUUGGUUGAGGGCCCUGUACAUCUUUUAUUUCGUUCAAUAGAAUAUUGAGAAUAUGUCAGUUUUUGUCUCUUGAAACUCAGUUGUGAGGAGCGGCAGUGCAGCCGAGAAUGGCCGUGGCUAAGCUGCUCAAAUGAUUUGAGGACUUUUCUGAGACAAAAAAAAAAGAAAAUGGAAAAGCCAGGGUCCCAGCCACGCCUUUGUGAAGCGGGGCUCGGCUGGGAAGAGAACGAACCUGGAAUCUGGCCGAAAGACCGCAUAGGCAAACGACGGCAGGGUGCUCGGCAACACUCUGGGAUGUGAAGGAAUAAUGGUUGAAAUCUCCUGGAAAAAAAACAACAACAAAAAAAGAAAACAUUCCGAGUCUGCAUUCCGGGUGUACAUAAUGGAAAAUUGAAUGCUUUUGUAGAUUUCUAAAUGAAUUUUGAAACACUUCAAGGUCACUUAUAUUUAUACGGUGAACAAUAAAGUUCGUUUUUUCCACGUGC